GUUUCGUUUAUGAACUAUUGGCAGUCUUACUAAAAUAUGACACAAGUGAAAUUGAUUGGCGUUACACUGAGCCCUUUUAGUCGAAGAGUUGAGUGGGCUCUGAAAUUUAAGGGAGUUGAAUAUGAAUUUAUAGAAGAAAAUCUACAAAACAAGAGCCCUUUGCUUCUUGAAUCCAACCCAAUUCACAAAAAAAUCCCAGUGCUAAUUCACAAUGGAAAUCCCAUUUGUGAGUCUAUGGUAAUUCUUGAAUAUAUCGACGAAACAUUUGAAGGUCCUUCCAUCUUACCUAAAGACCCUUAUGAUCGUGCUAUAGCUCGUUUUUGGGCUAAGUUUCUUGAUGAUACGUGUAUACCACUAUUGGGGAAAGUAUUGUUUGGCAAAGGUGAGGAGGCAGAAAAAUCCAAAAAAGAAUUUGGUGGACUAUUGAAGAUUCUUGAUAAUGAGUUCAAGGAUAAGAAGUUUUUUGUGGGUGACAAUUUUGGAUUUGCUGAUGUUGCUGCUAAUUUUAUGGCAUUUUGGUUUGGAAUUCUUGAAGAAGCCUCUGGAGUUGUUUUAGUAACAAGUGAAAAAUUUCCAAAUUUUUGUGGUUGGAGAGAUGAGUAUAUUAAUCGCAGUCAAGUCAAGGAAUAUUUACCUUCAAGAGAUGUGCUACUUGCCCAUUUCCAAUCUCGUUUCCAAUCUCCCAAAUGAAAAUUAUCAAGAUUGGUUGUGGCAAUAAAACUACCUUAUGUUAAACAAAAGUAUGUAUAUUUGAAUAAUAUACACUUAUUAGUAUGGUUGGCAGUCAAUAUUGUAUGAGAGUGUAAUUUCUUCCAUCUAUAAAAUCAUUUAUUA